UUACCGUACGRUGCGCUGGUUGUUGGUAAUAAUUAUUAGAAAUACUGAUACGCUCUGCAGCACGCUCUGCGUUGUUACAACCCUUACCAGGAUCAAUUUUAACUCUUACGUUACGUUAACCACAGGCUAGCAAAGAUGGGAAAUGCAAUCGCCAGCAUGGCCGGAAAGAAGAAGGCCAACGAUGCCGCCAAUCAGGCCAAAGAAGGCCUCAAUGCACUCACGGCCGGAAAAACCGACGAACAGAAAGCCAACGWGAACCGUGCGAAGGACAGAAAUGCAGCUUACGAACAAAAGAAACGCGAACGGGAAGAGCGCAAGAAGAAACUUCAGAGCCAAUGGGCUGAUAACAAAAAGUGAUGGGCAUCAAGCAAUCAUAGCGAUCUUUGUGCACUGAACUACAUUUGUCUCAUUGUAGUAAGGAAUGGAGUUCAAUAUAAAGUGCUUGAGCUGGUCAUUUGAGAAACAUUUAUCUUUAUGAGUUGUACUUGCGUUAACUUAAAACUCGAGAAUGGUAGAGAUUCUUAAACAUCACUCUCUUGAAUUUCAAAARAAGAUAAACGUCAACCAUAGGAGAAAAACGUGAUCUCUUAAGUUCGCAAAACUUGUUUCACUAACUGCUUGAUCAUGAUUUAUCCAUACCUUGCCAUCAAUUUCCUUUUUUUCUCUUGUUGAGCAGCGAUUUCUUCCAUAGAUCUCUUCUUUGGAGCAGCAGCUGACGAAGACUCUGAAAUUGUUGAAUGAGAUGCGGGUCUUUCGCGAUUCGAAUAAUAUCCGGGAUUGGAAGGGGCAGGUACAUGCUUCGUAGAUUCUUGGCGAUUGUAGGGAGCUGAUCCUGUCAGACUGGCUUUGACGCUUUGAGACCUACGGACUACAGCUUCAUUCCCUCGAGCUGUAACAUUUUCACGCUCUCGUCUUCGCACUUCUUCGUACAAGUCGUCAUUGGAAGGCAAAGCUGGGCCACUGCGUGAGCUUCUGUCAUCAUGGCCAUAUUCUCUGCGCCGAUCAUUGUCUCUUUUCCAGCGAUCAUCUCCGUCGAGGUAUCCUCUGCGAUUUCCAUUGUCUCUUCUUCUGUGAUGAUCCGCAUUAUCAUAGCCUCUGCGAGGUGCAAUCCCUGAUCUCCUACGAUCAUCUUCAUCACGAUAUCCCCUGUCCGAGUAACCCCUUCCGUUAUAAUCCCUACGAUUAUCCCUAUAAUUGUCUCGUUCAUAGCCUCCACGGAUCUCACUUUGGCUUCUAUAUCCCCUUUUCUCGCCUCUUCUGGCAGAAGUUUCAWUGUCAUUCGUAGAGUCGAGAGAAACUCCAGGCAUUUCCAUUUCCCCAAGCGUCACUGUUUCCGUAUUACCAUACUCGGGAAAAGUUACAAUAAAUUUUGGAAUUUUCA